GUCUUCAAACUGUCAUGGCGAACAAAAAAUGGGUAUUCUGUGGAUUUUCUAGAGCGGCUUAACCAGUGUGCAAAUUCUUCUCCGUCCGUUGCACACUCUGCUUCAAUUUACGUGAAUUUCUUAUCGUUCAUGUAAUGGCGGAAAGUAACAACUUUACUUGCAGUGGUAAAUUGUGGAAAUUUCUCCUGUUUUUAAGUGUAGUAUGUAUUUUCCUUUUACUGAAGUUUGACGGCCAGAAGAGAAAAUCUUUUAGAGGUCCAGAAAUUAAAAAUGUUCUUUAUUCCAGUGAAGGGUAAGUUCCUAUCUUGUUUACUUCUCAUUCUUAAGUAUGGUUUACCCCGUUAACUCUCAAGAUCUGAUUGUUAAUUCUCCCCUCCAUCUGUUACACAUUUCCUUGCUAAUUAGUUGCGAGAAUUUGGUGCCAUACCAUGAUAAUAGACCUGAUAAGUUUGAGUAUUCUCACUACCUGUUUGCUGGAUAAAGUAUGGAUAUUAUAGGGAGGAGUUAUAUUUUAAUCACUUCUGGGAAUUAAAAAGUCAAUGACAUAAACAUCAUAAUUGUUGUGAGGAAACGUGACUUUACAUUAUAUUAAGGGAGAAGACGUGACGUUCGUGAUGUGUUGAGAUGCGCUAUUCCUGUAUUCCACAAAUCAAUAGUACUACAGUACAUCUACUGAAAACUAGGCUUUCCAUGCGGUCAAACCAAUGACUGAGCAGAAUUAAAACAAUAGAUUUAAAAAUUUUCAAAUCAAGCCAAUCAAAUAUUGGAACAAUCAAAGAAAUCUAUUUUGGAGACGUUUUGGUGUUCUUGGCUUCUUUAUUAAGCAUAUGUCUUUUUACUUCAACGGAGGAUCACGCGACAGGCCAGACCCUGCGGUGGGGGGGAAAUUUGAGAGUUGUACUUAUUGUAUUCACGACUUUUUUUUUUUUUCCUUUUUUGAUAUCAGGACGGAAGAAACUAGAGGAAAAACAUCAACUAAACCAUCAACUAAAACAACAAUAACAGCAAAAGAAACAACCACAACACAAGUAGCAGCUACAACGGAAAUUACCACUUUAAUUACCCCAUCGACCACACCUAUAUCGAGUGAAAAAGUCACUGAAGAAACGAAAUGUUCCCCAGAACAGUACAUUCUUUUUCUCAAAACACACAAAGCAGGUUCAAGUACAAUGUCGAACAUCUUCUUUCGUUAUGGCGAUUCUCGAGAUUUGUCUUUUGUUCUUGGCUCAGACACUCUAAUUGGAUGGCCGACGCGUUUCCGUAUUGGACAAGCUCUCGCUUUCGAUGGAACCCGGCCGAAUUUUCUUUGCAGUCACACAAGAUUCAAUAAGAAAGCCAUGAACCAUUUGUUUCCAAAAGACGCCAGCAAAUAUGUGACAAUCGUCAGAAACCCCGUCAAACAGUUCGAGUCAGCUUUUAACUACAUGGAAAUCGGAAGAAAAUUUGGCUUUGGGACAAACCCAACGGAAGCACUGAAAGCGUUUCUGAAGAAUGGGAUAAGUUUCAAUGACAUAAGAAAAUCAACUUUAGCCAGAAAUCCACAAAUGUUUGAUCUAGGUUUGGACUUCAAGUUUUAUCAGGAUGCCAAAGCCAUUAAAGAGUACAUUGAAUUCCUGGAAAAGGAGUUUGAUUUGGUUUUAAUCUCAGACUAUUUCGACGAGUCUGUGGUUCUUAUGAAGCGAUUACUUUGCUGGGAAUUGGACGAUGUACUUUAUGCUAAAAGCAAUGAAAGACUUGACAAAGAUAAAGCUCCGGAACUGUCAGAUGAUACAAAAGAGAACAUCAAACGUUGGAACAAAGCCGACGUGUUGAUGUACGAACACUUUAACCAGACUCUUUGGCGAAGAAUCGAAAGGGAAGGAAAAGACUUUUACGAUGAUCUUACGAACUUUCGUCGAAUGAAACAAGAACUUAAAACUAAAUGUUUUUCAGACAAACCAAGUAGGCAGUUAAUAUAUGGAAACAAGUAUGCUAAAGGAUUUACUUUGAAGUCGGAUUUGCCUUCUGAUCUACAACAAAAAUGCGGAAGAAUGACACGGACUGAAAAUAACUAUUUGGCAUAUUUAAGGAACAAGCGAGCAGCAAAAUUAGUCGGUAUUUACCGCGCAGCACCAAAUGAGGAUGAUAAAGAAAAAGUUAGUUGGGACGCAGCGAGCGAUUAUAAAUACGUUCCUGUAAAAAAAACCCGAUGACCACCUUGAUAACCCAGGGCGUGGUUAUAAUAUGUUUACGUUCAUGGAAAUCAGCCCUCCUAGCCACGCUUUUGAGUGAAAUUUGAUCGUUUUUAGUAGUCGAAACCGGAGAGGAUAAAUUACUGGAAUUUAAAAGAAUAUCAAGAAAACCUGACAUUUGUAAGAGAUCUCUUUCGUUUUCUUUUUGGAUUCAAGAUAUCUGCGUUUUAUACCAAAAAAAUUAUAAAGCUAAUUUGCCUUUAAAGUGUGAAAAAAUUGCUAGCAUUUAUAAUAGUGUGAGAGUCAAUGAGAAGAUGGGUUGAUCUUGAUAGAGAUUAAGAGAACCUUUAUAACGGGAUUAUUUUAAAUGAGCACAGCUGUAUAAAAUGAC